UCAACCAACAAACAUGAGAUUCCUUUUGGUAGCUGCCCUGGCCGGCCUUUGCGCCGUUUCGGCCGUCUCGGUGGAAAAUGAUACCUACAAAUACUCGCAAGAAAAACAAAAGGAAAUUUUCCGCCUCUUCAAAUACAUCAACCAGCCCAGCUUCUACCCCGACUUCAUGGAAGUCGCCCAAAGCUACAACUUCUACGACUUUAAGGCCGACUACAUGAAGCCUGAAGUUGUGGAAGAGUUCUACCGUUUCUACUACUAUGGUAAGAUCCUGCAAAGGGGCGAGAUCUUCUCCGUGUUCUACAAGGAGCACUUGAGGCAAGCCAUCGCUCUUUUCAAACUGUUCUACUACGCCAACACUUGGGAGACCUUUUACAAGACGGCCGUUUGGGCAAGGAACAACGUCAACGAAGGAAUGUACCUUUAUUCCCUUUCUGUUGCCUUGAUCCACCGUCCCGACACUUACUACUACGCCCUACCACCAAUCUAUGAAGUCUACCCGUACUAUUUCUACAACUCUGAGGUGAUCCAAGAAGCCCAGUACUACAAACAAAUGUACAGUAGCCAAAGUGGCGCCCACUACAACGGCAGGACCAUCUAUGCCAACUAUUCGGGGUACUACCUCAACUUGUACCCUGAACAGUCCAUGGCCUACUUCACUGAAGAUGUCGGUGUCAACUCCUUCUACUACUACUACAACUUGUACUACCCGUACUGGAUGAGUGGGGAAGAAUUCAACUUGAAAUAUGACAACCGUGGUGAAUUGUUCUACUACAUGUACCAACAAAUCCUGGCGAGGUACUACCUUGAACGUUUGUCGAAUGGUUUUGGCGAAAUUGAUUACUUCAACUGGGAAGUACCUUUCGAAAAUGGUUAUUACCCCACAAUGUGCUACCCCAACGGUCUUCAAUUCCCAGCAAGGCCAAGCUACUCCCGUCUCUAUGAGUACUUCUACAACUAUGGACAACACUACGGGUACAACAAGUACGCCUACAGCUACACCUUUGUCAAGGACUACGAGAGGAGGAUCCGGGAUGCCAUUGACAGUGGAUACGUUUUUACCAGAUCCGGCCAAAAAGUCGACUUGUUCUCCCGCGAUGGCAUCAACAUCUUGGGCAACUUGAUCGAAGGCAAUCCCGACUCUCCUUACUACAAGUACUACGGAGCGUACCAAGUGUUCGCCCGCCACUUGCUGGGCUACUCCUUCCAACCAUUGACCUACCACAAGACCUACCCUUCGGCCCUCGAACACUUCGAGACCUCAAUGCGCGACCCAGCUUUCUACCAACUGUACAAGAAACUCAUCAACUACUUCUACCGCUUCAAGUCACAGUACUACAAGUACUACACCGAACAGGACUUGAUCUUUGAAGGUGUGGAGGUCAAGAACGUCGAAUUCGACCGACUUGUCACCUACUUCGACUACUACUUUGCCGACAUCAGCAGUGCUGUCUACGUCACUCCAGAAGAGUUCGUCCAGGACAGUUUCAAGGUCCAAGUGGCGCAACCACGUCUCAACUACAAGCCCUUCACCUACAAGAUCUACGUUGACUCGAGCAUUGACACCGAAGCCGUUGUUAAAGUGUUCUUGGGACCGAAGUACGAUGAGUACGGACGUUACAUCAACUUGACCGAAAACUGGAUGAACUUUGUCCAAUUCGACCACUUUGUCUACAAACUCAAGUCGGGCCAGAACGUCAUCACACGCAACUCCCGCGAGAUCUACAACUACAUGCAUGACAGAACUUCGUACUACCAACUGUACCAAAAGGCCAUGGGCGUCUUCGACGAGAAGCAAGGCGAGUACUACAAAUACACCCAGUUCUGGUUCGGUUUCCCCCAGCGCUACAUGCUACCAAAAGGAACCUACGGCGGUUUCCCCUACCAGUUCUACGUCUACGUCACCAAAUACGUGCCAUACAAGGCCCAGAAGGACGGAGUACCGAUGGUUGGCAUGGGAUCGCAGUACGUCGAUGGGUACCCUAUGGGUUAUCCCUUCGAUCGCCCUGUUUAUUACGGUUACAUGUACUACGCUAUCCCCAAUGGUUACUUCUACGAAACCAAAAUCUACCACCGCGAUUCUGACGUGUUCAACUACUCCCAGCAAGAUUACUACUAUGGUAAACGGUACAACUUUGCCAACCAGCGGUACCAAAGCAAGAAACACGAUUAUAAAUAUUUGAGUGGUUCGAAGGACUACGUCCGCCCACAAUACGAGACCCAGGGACGGUAUCCUGAACAGUACUACGCUCAAGGAAGUAACUACGCCCAGGAGCAGUACUACCCCAGCAGAAGCUACGAGAGACAAGACUACUACCACUACUAAAGGCCCGAUUGGAACAAAUACGAAUGUUUAGUUGUUAAAUAAAGCACCGAUGAAAACAAAUA